UUGAUUCUACUUGUUUGUAAACGAUGUAUGGAUGGUAAAUUGAAAUAAGAUUAUAGUAUCAAGAGUUUUAGUGCUUUUACAAAGUUUACUUGAGUUACAUCCUACCAGUAUAUUAUUGAUUUUAUUAUUGAUAGUUUAAAUUAAACCUAUCUAAUGAGUGAGACUGCUGGAACAAGUCAUAGUAAAGGAGAAGGAGCUCAGAAACUAGACAAUACGUUAUUGCCCUGUGAUCUCCAAAGAAUUCAACAAAGAAAACAGCAGGUCUGUGCUUGGCCAAAAGAACGGAAGUUAUUGAAUCUCGCCUCAUAUUCAUCUUGUCAGGAAUGUAAUUGCAAUGGAUGGAAGGCAUCUCAAAAAUCUGCUGCAAACCCAAAUGAUCCUUGUCAAAAUUGUUCUCAUACAUCAGCUCAGCAUAUGUCGCAUCUACAGGCAUUACCAGAUUCUGAAAUAAAUAGACUUCUUGUGAUGGUUGUUGACAUCGAAACCAUUUUUCUUGCUUUACACAAAGAAGAAGAUGAUGAGACCCGGAGAGUUUAUUAUUAUUUGUUUAAGAUUUUAAGAAAAUGUAUUGGAGAAAUGAAAAAACCUACUAUGGUUCAAGGUCCUUUAGGACAUCCUCCUUUUGAACAUCCAAACAUUGCUAAGGCAACAAUGAAUUUUGUGUACUAUAAAUUUGGCCAACUGACGCAAAAGGAUUGGCAGAUGAUGUGGGAUGUUGCAAAAAUAUUUUUAAAUGCUCUUAACCAUUGGAACUUUGAAACACCUAGUGCUCGUCACCAGGCUUUAUCCCAAGAUGAAAUAUCAGCAUAUAAAGUUAAUUAUUCAAGAUGGCUUGUGUUUUGUCGUAUUCCUUCAACUCUUUGUGACUCUUUACCUCACUAUGAGACAACAUCUGUAUUUGGGCGUACAUUUAUUCGUGCAGUAUUUAAAUCUGUUAAAAAUUUGUUAAUGGAUAAUUGUCAAAUGAUUAAAGAUAAAAUGCCAGUGGAAAGGCGACAUUUAUUACUGAGCCAUGUUAGGAAGUUCUUGACAUUGAUAGAAGAAGAAAUUUAUUCUAAUAAUUCACCAAUAUGGGAUGCAGAUUUCAAACAAAUUCCUCCUGCACAUUUUCUGGCAUCAAUUGAAACUAAAGGUAGUCGAAAAGCUGAAAUGGAAAAAAAUCUAGGGAGCAAUGAGAGUGAUGCAAUUGUCUCAGGUGUUAAAAGAGGAGCAUCAGAUUUUGCUGAAGGCAAGAAAAUUGAAACAAAACGGAAAAAAAAUGUAUUGCCAGAAGAUGAUGAUGAUAUUCCUGAAUCAGUCAUUCAACAAAUUCUCUCUGAAAUGGCUGAUCCUGCUCAUACCUCAAAUUUAGUUUUUAAGGAGGCUACUCCUCCUGUGGAGAUAGCAAAAGCUCAGGAAGAAACGGGUCAAAUAGAAGUGUGCCUCGUUUCCAAUUCUCUUGAUGAACCAGCGUCUCGUACUACAAUGCUCAGACUUAUAGGAUUACAAAGUGUUUUCUUUCAUCAACUUCCUCGUAUGCCUAUAGAAUACAUAUCCAGACUCAUAUUUGAUCCGAAGCACAAAACCUUAGCUUUGUUAAAAGACUCUCGACCUAUUGGGGGCAUAUGUUUCCGCCUUUUUCCUAGUCAGGGUUUUUCUGAAAUUGUAUUUUGUGCUGUGAAUAGCUCAGAACAGUUAAAAGGUUAUGGAUCUCACUUGAUGAAUCACUUAAAGGAAUAUCAUAUUCGCAUCGGAGUUUUAAAUUUUUUAACUUAUGCUGAUAAAUUUGCCAUAGGUUAUUUUAAGAAACAAGGAUUCAAUAAAGAUAUUAAAAUGGACAGUUCAUUGUAUAAAGGUUUCAUUAAAGAUUAUGAUAGAGCAACUUUAAUGCAUUGCCAGCUGAAUCCAAGAAUAGUUUAUACAGAACUUUCAUCAGUAAUAAGAAAGCAGAAAGAGAUUUUAAAAAGACUAAUUGAAGAGAAAAAAGACAAAGUAGAAAAAAUUCAUCCUGGUUUGACAUGUUUUAAAGAUGUGAGGUAUAUCCAUAUCGAAGAAAUACCUGGAAUAAGAGAAACAGGUUGGCGGCCUGUUGUACGAACAACUAGAGUUUCCAAGUUAAUCGAGGAACCUACUGAUCCAGAAACUCUGCAGAAGGCUCUUUUUAAUGUUUUAAACACAGUGAAGAAUCAUGAAAUGGCUUGGCCGUUUCAAAAACCUGUGGAUAAAAUAGUGGCACCAGAUUACUAUGAUCACAUAAAAUAUCCAAUGGAUUUACGAACUGUUGGAGAGCGACUUAAAGCUGGAUAUUAUACAUCAAGACGCUUGUUUAUCGCUGAUAUGCAGAGAAUUUUUAAUAAUUGCCGAGUUUACAAUUCACCAGAAACAGAAUAUUUCAUGUGUGCAAAGUCCCUGGAUAGGUACUUUCAAGCUAAAAUGAGGGAACUUGGUCUUUGGGAUAAAUAGUUGGUUCAGCAUCUUGAAGACAGUCCCACUGUUGAUGUAAUAGGCAAAUCAUUGUCUAAGUGAUAUAAAAAUUGCUGAUCUUAGGAUACAGUCAUCACAAUGUUUUUUUAUUUUUUGUAUGUAUGUAAUGUAAACUCAAAUUGCUGCUUCUUAUUAUCUUCACUCAUUUCACUUUUUUUAACUUAUAAAGGCCUUCCAAACCUGUUGUGAAAUAAUUUGAAAAUUUUUAUUUGUUGAUAUUAAAAUUAAAUCAUUAAAACAAAAGGAUUUAAUUUUAUUCGGUCUGUAAAUUUGAAUUGUAAAUAAUGUAAAUAAUAUUUAAAAUAAAGAUUAUGUUUUAUUUUAUAAUGUAUUUAAUAACUGUAUCUAAU